CAGAGGGAGAGAGGGAGAGAGGGAGAGAGGGAGAGACACCCAGAUGCCUCACUCCUCCCCGGACCAGCCCUACAGGAAUGCCUCGCUCCUGCCAGGUGAGAGGCAGCCAAUGGGAGAGCGGCCGGUGUGAUGAAAUGCCGUCAAACCUGCAGGGGCAGAGAGGAGAGCGAGGGUGUGUCUACGUGGUCUGAGACACAGAGGAAGGCACGCUCUCACACGAGACCGCACACUCACACACACACACACACUCACGGACUCACGGACUCAGGAGACUUCCCCAGAGGCUCUAGCAGUUCCCUCGCUGUUGUCUGACAGACGUUCUCCUGGCUCCGGGCUUCGGUGCGUCUACGCCUCAAGGGGACAUGGCUGCAGAACCGUCAGAACAGGACGACCGCUACAUGCUCAACGGUACCUCCGAUCGGCCACCGGGGGAUUCUUUCAUCCACGACAUGGAGCUGAGGGAGGAGUGGCAGGAUGAGGAGUUCCCCAGACCACUCCCAGAGGACACGGGGAGACCGGAGAGUGAGGAUGAGAUCUCAGCGACCGAUGCCAGACCAGCGCCGCCCAGCAGUCUCGCCCUAUCAGGGACGGUUGUGGGCGGGGCAAAGAAGAGAUUGGCCGCCGCGCACCUCAAUCUCAGCCUGAGCAACAGCCGGGGCUCGGGGGAGGAGUUCUAUGGCCACGCCUCCCUGUCGCCCACGCCGGAGGAGACGCCCUCUCGUUACUACGGCGACGGCAUGAACGCCAUCAUCCUCGUCUCCGCGUGCUACCUGCCGGAGAACACGGUGGCGAACUACGACUACGUCAUGGAGAACCUGUUCAGGUACAUCGUGGGGACCCUUGACCUGAUGGUGUCAGAGAACUACAUCCUGGUGUACCUCUGUAGCAUGGCCCCACGGAACAAGCUACCCACCAUCCGCUGGCUGCACCAGUGCUACACCUCCAUCGACAGGAGGCUGAAGAAGGACCUGAAGGGUCUUCUGGUGGUGCACCCGGCCUGGUACAUCAAGGCCAUGCUCACCCUGGUCAAGCCCUUCAUCAGUGAGAAGUUCAGCAGGAAGAUCUGCUUCAUCCGCAGUCUGGAGGAGCUGGCCGAGUACAUCCCCACCGAGAGCCUGCUGAUACCCACACACAUCAGGGAGAUGGACAAGAAGUUGAAGAGGUGAAUCUGUGGAGGCUGAGAGGACGCACACGCACACACUCGCACACAGUGGCGGACUCAGACUGUUUGAAGGGCAGGGGCGAAAAAAUAAAAAGGGCACAUUCUUGCUCUAGAGGACGCAUCGUCAUAAUGUAUUGCAUGAAGGGGCACUAGAGGGCACCCAUUCAUAUUUCUCACAUGUUAAGGGCAGCCAAUAAGGUAGGCUACUUUCUCUCGUAGUCACCACUCUAGAGGGCACUUUUUCAACCAUGGAGUGCGCUGUAAGGACAUUAACAGGGCGUUAUCGAAUUUUCUUAGCUAGAGGGCUCAUCAUCAUAAUUUAUUGUAUGAAGGGGCACCAGAGGGCACCCAAUAAUUUUUUUCACAUGUUAAGGGCAGCCAAUAAGGCACUGUCUCUCGUAUUCGCAACUCUUUAGGGCACUUUUUCAACCAUAGACCCCCUCCCCCCAAGUCCGCCACUGCUCGCAAACACUUGAAAACUGUCAAUAAAUGUAAAUAUGUUUAUUAUUAUUAUUUUUAAUAAUAACUGUAAAUAUCUAUGAAGGGAGGUAAUAUAUUCAAAAUGGUCAUUUUCUUACAUACUUUUCUGUCCAUAAUUUUAAAUCUUUAGUAAUAGUUUCUGCGUACUUUUCAUCAUGGAACAAAAUUCAGAACAUUUGGUUUUUCAAUCAUUUUCUUCUUACUGUUAUUUACAAGAUCACAAUCUUGCCUAAAGCAAACCUGUCUCUCCUGCUGGCUGUCAUAAAUAAGUUGUCAUAAAUUCACAAACACGUGAAUUUAUCUGUUGUAUAGAACUGUUGGUUAGUAGUGGUCAGCAUGUCAUGCUAGAAGACAGAUGAACGUUCGUCUAUGGAGUCAACAGAAACAGUGUUUUAUUCUUAAUUGUCAUUAAUACAUUCGUAAAAUUCUGGACAUGUUUAAUGGUCUCAUUUGGUAACAAUAAAGUGGUUUGGCAUCA